UACGAAGUUGGUGAUCCUAAUUGAUCCUUAUCUUUGUUGUUCCGAGUUAGAGGAAUGCGAUGACACAAAUAAGUGUGGGUCCGAGUGAUUCACAGUGGAGUUUAGUUUCUAAUCCGCUACCAAAUCUACGUCACUUUCAGCAAUAGAGACCGAUAAGCGAUAACGAAAUGAUAAAACUUUAUCAUUCUACCUUGAUUACGGACAAGGCGUAGCUGUAUCGGCGGCAUUUAUGUAGAAAAACAACAGAAAAUCAAGCGAAAAUGCGCGCCAUUAUUUUGGCAUUUUUAUUUUUAAUUUCAAAUUUUACGAGUGGCCAGGACAUGUUGAGUGAUGCGGAAAUAAAACGAGUGGUGAAAUUGGAUGAUAUUUGUACGUGCAGUGAAAUCCAUGAUGCUACAGGGACACAUUUUGUGCUCAAUAUCUUGUGUUCGUCCACUGAUAGGAUUGAAGAGUUCCAAGAUUUGGAUAAAGUGGAAUGGCCGUCAAACCCUCAUGGACUGAAAAUUGAAGCGAACUUCCAGGCAUUGGGAAUUACUAUUCUAGCUAAAUUACCACCAAAUUCUCAAGUGGAGACGCUGACCUUCAACAGCAACGCAAUAAACACAUACUGGCCUGACCCAUUCAGUGACCUGCCCAAUCUGCGAGUUCUCUCAUUCUACCAGAACGAACUGACCAGCAUAUCACCAGAUCUCUUUACCAAACUCUACACACUAGAAGACUUGGAUCUAUCAUACAACAAACUUUCAACAUUUUCACACAGAGACUUUAAAACUCUGAAACGACUGAAAAGAUUGAAUUUGCAAAGCAACAAUAUACAGUAUGUGCCACUUGAAGCUUUCAGGCCACUAGCAAUGUUGGAAGAGUUAGAUUUGAGCAGAAAUAGUUUGUCAGGAGAACUAAUGCUGAGAACGCUGGAUGGAGAAUCGUUGAAAGGGUUGAAGAGGUUAUUGCUAGGCGCAAACAGAAUUACUACAAUUACGAAAGAUUCAUUUCAAGAUGAUAAUAGUUUAGAGUUGUUGGACCUGUCGUACAACCUCAUCCAAACAAUCGACGAGGACGCAUUCCUCUCCUGCGUCAAUUUACAAGAGUUGAACCUCGGAAACAAUAACAUUACCUUCGUCUUCCAACUACCCUCGCUUCUGCAGAUCGCCAUAUUGAAAACCAACACCUUGUACCAUUGGCCGCAGUUUCCUGGCGGCAUCAAACUGAUCGAUUUGGCGAAUAAUCGAUUGUCCGAUGUGUACGACGAAAGUAGAGCUGAAUUCGAUAAUCUCGAGGUGUUGGAUAUAAGCGGAAACCAAAUUACAGAUUGGAAUAUACAAAAGAAACUGAGUAACUUAAUAAAUCUAGAUUUAUCCUACAAUGCCAUCAAAGAAAUACCAAAGACCCUAAACGCAGAGUUACUACCUAGUUUAAAAACUCUCAGGUUAGACGGCAACCCAAUAAAGAAUAUUUAUUUUAAGAACAUUAUAGCUCUAAAGCAUUUAUAUAUGAAUGAUUUAGACAAGCUUGUUGUAGUCGAAGAUAAGGCAUUUAGUAACGUAGUGGGUAGAGAUGACACUGAAGGGCAGGAGAUGAUGGACACAAACUGCUUCUCUUUAUAUUUGAGCAAUUGCCGAUCGCUGGAAGAGAUCCAGAGGGGUGUUUUUGACGGAACUUCUUUAUGUAUGCUAGACAUAAGCAAGAACAACCUGACACAUAUCCCUCGAGGCCUGCUGGACUGGGCUUCAGUGCCAGAGGGCGUUAACCUCCAGCUGAACCCGUGGGAUUGCUCCUGUGAUAUGGAGUGGAUGCUCGAUGAUAUCUUGGGGAGGAUGUACAAUGAUAACGCUAAUCUUCUUCUGAAUUUGAGAUGCGCCUCCCCCCGCGCCCUGCAAGGCCUCCGCCUGGUGCAUUGGUACAACUGGACGGACCGCCCGCUCUGCGGAGACGUGUACGACAUGUCGCCCAGGGCCGGACCUCAUAACACAUUUUUGAUGGAGUCAACAUCAGCGACCUACGCGCCCAAAGUGAGCACACUUACCAUCAUCCUCGGGACUUGUAUCCUUACGUUCUUGGUCGUAGCUAUAGCUCUUAUGGUCUACCUCAUAAGGACCAGGAAGAGGCACCGAGCGAGACAGGCAGCUAUGCAAAGAAAGAGACAGAGUGCCACAGAUUCUAAACACUUCAACGGUGUGGAUAAAGAACAGUUUUCGGCUUUGAAUAAAGCGUGAAAUUGUCAAUUUUCGGUUAUCUAACCUACACUGAUAGUAGAAAUUUAACCUUUUGGAACCUUUUUGGAAUGUUGACAACAUAAUAAUAAUGUCUUAUAUUCCCUCUCUUUCUAUAUUUUAGUUAACCGAAGUGAUAGAAAGAGAAAGAACAUAAGAAACGUGUCUUCAUUGACAAUGUCCGUUAAUUAAGGGGCUACUAGUAUGUAUGGUGAACCCAGCGGUUCAAUAAAACACCACCCAAUUUACAAAUCAGCUCCUCGAUUAAGCAAAAUUAAACUAAUUGAUUUUAGAAUCACUUUUUUAUAGUUACCUUAAUUUCUUUUUACCUUAGACAUUACCUAUUUAGGGUUAAUUGAAAAGAAGCAUUGACUUAGUUUAAACUCGAAAUAAGAUUUGUAUUGUUUUGUUACUGUAAAUAAUAUUGAAGAUUUAAGAAUCAAUAGUUUUAUUGUUAGCAAUGUGAAGUACCAAAUAUUUAAAUAAAUGAUAAGUAUGUAAUAUUUUUUACACAGUUCUGUCAAAACAGUUACCAAACAUAAAUAUAUAAGUAGGAAAUACAAUUCUAAUAAAUCUUAAUUUAUUGAUGUUGGUAUUAAAAUAUUUUUAUAAAGAU